UGUUAUCAGUUGAACAUAGUCUACGGUAGCAGAGAUAUCGCUUAGGUGUUCAUAUACGAGUAUUGAGUAAAUACUAGUACCAUGGGCUCCUCAGCGGUUCAAAGUGAUAUCAAAAUAUUAUUUUAUAUUGUGAACUCACUCAUCGGGUUGGUUCCCGGAUUUUUGACGUUUUGUUACGGCGUGGCGUUUGGUGUGAACUUCGGGAUGCAAUUCGGACCGUUCCCUUUAGUUCUAAUACUCGCUGGAGUCAUAGUUCUUGGCGCGACCGCGCUGGGUUACUUUGGGGCUAUCAAAGACCAUAGAAUAACACUUUACAUUUAUUCCGGUCUUUUGGCCCUAGCUGCUUUGGGUGACCUAGUGACGUAUGUGGUGAUGCAGCCGACCAACCCUCGGAGGGACCCUACGCUGUUAGCUACGCCGCUCGUGCAUCUCGGCCUUUCGUUACUGGCGCUAGGACUGGCUGUAACCCUGGCGAGGCAGGCUCGCCAACAUGUUAACUUCGAGUAAGACUUAACUUACCUCACCCUCCACACAACAUGAUAAAAAUGAUGUAAAAACAGACGGACAGAGCGUCGCCAUAAGGGUUCCUUUUGUACCUUUUUGGUACCCUAAAAAAAAUAUCAGUUCGAACAAAACUGUUGACAAUAAAAAUGAGUGAACUUGCA